CAUACUAACAGUUUGCUGAGGAAAGUAAGUCUAAGAAUCUUCGAUAAGUUGCUCUAAAGUUAAAGUAACAGUGAAUGUCGAGUGAGUUCUGGAUCUCAAGGGAGACACCAAGUUGUCAGCAGUCUACUGGGAGAGAAAACUGCAGGGAGCAUGUCCUAAAGAAAAAGGAGGAAGCCCUUUAAGUCACGUCAAAGGACAAGAGCAGGAAUCUGAAACAAGAUCCUGUUCAGUGGAAGUGAAAGCAAGGAGCAGCAGGAAAGACUUCAAAUUGAAGAGAAGAAAGCUGCAGGAUGCAGAUUUAAAGCAAAGAAAGCUUGUGAGAAGCCAGAAGAUCCAAACAGACAGCCAAAGGCCUGUAACUCUUUACUAUGGACAUGUGUAGCAGUGGUUGGUACAGUGAGUGUCUGAGAGAGAGUGCGUGGAAGGUGAAACUUGAAUGCACGUGGCGAUCCAGAGGAGAGGAAUCCUGGAAGGAGAGUUCUAAUCCCAGGAGAUGGACCCUUGUGGAAAGUGUUUGAGAGAAAGCAUCGGCUUGGGAGAAGAUUCUGAAGCAAGUUCUUUGAGUUCUUGAGAUUGGUUGGCGCACAGUAUGACAAGCAUCUGGACGGAGCAAGUAACAGGCAGAAGUUUUGGUGAUAAGGACUUUCGAACAGGUUUGGAAAAUGGAAUCUUACUUUGCGAGUUAUUAAAUGCUAUAAAGCCAGGGGCCGUGAAGAAGAUCAAUCGGCUGCCGACUCCCAUUGCUGGAUUGGACAACAUUACUUUGUUUUUGAGAGCAUGUGAAGAGCUUGGACUUAAGGGAUCACAGCUUUUUGACCCUGGUGAUCUUCAAGACAUGACCAACAGGGCCACAAUCAAGGUAUCAGAGUACAGCAGGAAAAUGAAAAAUGUUUUGAUCACUAUUUAUUGGCUGGGAAAAACAGCAAACAGUUGCACAUCCUACAGUGGGCCGACACUGAACCUGAAAGAAUUUGAAGGGUUGUUGUCUCAGAUCCAAAAGGAGAUGGAAGACACGGACAGUCCAAAACGAAGUAUCCGUGACAGUGGCUACAUUGACAGCUGGGACUCUGAACGCAGUGACUCCCUCUCACCUCCCAGACAUAACAGGGAUGAUUCCUUUGAUAGUCUGGAUUCAUUUGGAUCACGGUCACAACAGACUCCAUCACCAGAGGUGAUACUUAGAGGAAGUAGUGACGGUCGUGGCAGUGACUCUGAAUCAGAUAUUACACAGAAGGCACCUGAUGUGAAGCGAGACGACAUGUCUGUAAGACGGACUUCCUAUAGUGAACCCAAAUCAUCCUUGCCGUUUAACCAGUACCUACCCAACAAGAGCAACCAUACAGCCUAUAUGCCAGCACCUCUUCGGAAAAAACGGGCAGAGCGAGGAGAAAGUUAUAGGAAGAGUUGGAGCAACACUACCUCACCAGUAGGAGCAGAGCGACCUUUCAGUCAUAGUCAUCCUGAGACUAUAGAAGAAGAGCAAAAUGAAGAAUCCUGUCAGGAUGAAGAUUUUGCUGAGCCACCAACUACAUUUUUCCAAGUUCAAGGAGUUGAUGGUUCCAAGACAGCAGUGGAAUGUGAACCAGCUUCUACUGGAGAUGCUGAUAGUCUCAAGAAGCAGCUACAAGUUUGUGUGGCGGAAGACCCAGGACACAGAGCAACUGUAGAAGGUGCAAAAUGGGAGAGGAAGGAUGAAGAAGAAGUUAAGAAGUUGAAAAGAAUUCAGAACGCUGGUAUUACACUCAUGCCAGCAUCUAAGCGAUACUGCAGACAAAACAAACAAGAUGAAAAUUGUGAGCAAACCACUCCAGAUAUCAUCCUCCGCAGGGAGAAUACAUUUUUGACAAGCUAUCAGGACAACGAGUCAGAGUCUGAGGAGGAGGAACAAAAAGUUCCAGAUAUUGAGAAAGACGACCUUGCUUUGAGGAAGGCCCAGAUGCAUCAGUCCAAGUCCAAAAUUGCAGUCAAUCAAUUCUUACCUGGACCAUGCACGAAAAAGGAUAGGGAGCGCUGGGCGAGUAUCAAGCAAUCUGCAUAUAAAGCUGCUGGAGCUUCACAAAGUAAAGAGCUGAAAAUGGACAGCCAAAGUCAUAUUCAGGUUGCAGAGGAUGAGGUGGUUGUCCCACAAAAUGCAAGUGUGCUCCUGAAGUCACAGCAACAGAAUGAGCCCGAAGUGGAAGAGCAGCUGAAAGCCCCAGAUAUAGAGCGCGAUGAUCUGGCUCGGCGAAAGGCCCUGGGUGGCUUUACCAGUUGGCAAAAGCCUCACACCUUCAUUCAUUCCUCUAUCACAUCAGCUGAUAUGGAAAUAUGGCAGAGGCUCAAGCUUUCCACUGACACCAGUGAGGACACUUCCAAGCCAAUUAGAAAUUGUUCUGAAAUGAAGCCAAUGUCUGAAAUUGAAAUAGAAAAAGCAGCUCAAGAUGACCUUGCCUUUCGUAAGGCAAGAAACAAUAAAAGUGCUUCAGGCAGCUGCCAGCGCUUUGUGCACUUUGGCCCGGUGACGGAGAUAGAUCAGCAGCGCUGGGAGAAGUUAAGCAUCGCCGGGGCUGGCCCAGACAGUGAGUCAGAGGAAGGGGAAGAUAGUUGCACUAUCAAAACCUACACCUGCCAUCUCUUGCCCUCAGUAGCUUCAGCAGCUAUCCUCAACUCACAGCACAGUAAAAUAAGAGCUGAAUCUCCAGUCAUUUCUGGCAGUGAGGUCAGUCUUGACUCCCAAAACGAGCUCAGCUGUAAACCUGAAGAAACUUUCCUUAGGGAUACAUGCACAGCUGAGUAUUUUCAAAGAACCCCUUCUCCUAUCCUGGUUGCCCAGACUGUAACCCUGAGUGAAAGCAGUCACGAUUCCAGUGAGGAAGUUGAAGAUGAAGAUGAGAGGGCCCCAGAUCUAGAGAAAGAUGACAUGAUGAGCAGGCGGAUAAAAGCCAUCUCCAAGCAGAGCAGUUCUGUCUUUAAUAGAUUCCUCCCGGUCCCCAGUUCACAGCAAGGCCAGUCAAGGAGUGGAAUUAAUAAAGGACGUGAGAAGGAUGCAAAGAAAAUGAACAAACCCAAGGAGGAAUCUUUGUGGACAUACAGUCCUACAGAUGCCCUGUCUGAUGAUACAGGAAGUGUCAGUAUGAAUGAUAUGAGACCUGAAGAUGAUGUUUCAACCCAGCCUCACAGUAAAGCUCGCCAUGAGGAACUACACAACAUUCAUAGUCGACUACGUGAAGACCAGGACAAAUGGCAAGAAGACCUGGCUCGCUGGAAGAAUCGGAGGAGGAGUGCCUCCCAGGACCUUAUCAAGCGGAAGGAGGAACGAGAUAUUGUGGAAAAAAUAAUGAGUGGGGAGCGCAGUUCAGAAAGGCGGAAGAGCAUUAAAACAUACAGAGAAAUUGUGGAGGAAAAGGAAUGCAGAGAACAUGCACUCCAAGAAGCGUAUAAGAAAGCAAGGACCCCAGAAGAAGCUGAAGCCAUUUUGAAAAAAUAUUCUCAGAGAUUUAUCAUCAGCGAACCAGUUCUUGAAAGCUUGGUGAUGCCAAAGUUCCUGGAGAGAAGUCAAUCUGUGGAUUCAGAUACUCCAUCAUCACCAACAAAAGAUUCUAAUUCUCUAAAAUACUUACGACAGCAAUCAUUGCCUAUCCAAAAAUAUACUGCCACAGUUGAAGCAAUGAUCAUUCCCAGCAGCCAGUCCGAGACUAACUUUUCUGCCACAGUAACAUCCCCAACCAGAUCUGUUGCCUCUAAGGCAGUGCCUAUGUUGACUCCCAAGCCUUAUUCACAACCAAAAGAUUCACAGACCGUGCUGAAAUCAUUUAAGAAAGAUGGAAAGAUUAGAAUAAAUGGAGAUACCAGCCCAACUUUUACCAGAGUUGAAGACAAGGAGUACACAUCUGCAAUAUCUUCUCCAACCCUUACAAAAUCACAGGCAUUUGAAGGUGUAGCAAGAGUGGACAAUCCUCCAUUAAAAUCUCAGACAAAUAUCUACUGUAAUGUGUCCGGACUUGAACAGUUGAUUUCUUCAACCAUAAAUGACCCGCAGACUGAAGAUACAGAGAAGGAGGAGCGAACUGAGAUGCCAGUCACCAUUCCCAUCAGUCAACAGCCAAGCACAGAGGAAGAAUCUGAGUUGAAACCGUGCUGCAAUGCGACUGAGAAAGAGACAGUAAAAGAUGCAGCACAAGAAGAAGAUCAUCACUGGAACUUGGAAACAUCAACAGUACACAUUGCCCUCUCAAACAAUGUGGCAUUGGGCACCAGGAACACAGCUGAUUCAAAAGCUCUAACCAUUGAUGAAGCCUGCUUAAACCCUGAGAAAGAGGAGCCCAGUGAAAGUGCACAGAAACAGCUUAAACAAGAGGCAUUAAAAUCAGAGACGAUUCAACACAGUGAAACAGGAGAUGUGUUCGAUUUCAUUCAGAAGAUAAGUGAAGUGGAGGAAGGGACUGUGGAGGACAGUCAGCCUGUUGAUGCUAUUAAUCAGCAAGAGCCACCUAAUACUGCCAGUGUUCCGGUUACAGUUCGGAACUCCUGGCGACGCUCAGAAUUUUUCUCUCAGCCAGCAGAAGUGGAAAGCAAUGAAAAUAUAAAUAUCCCAGUUGCUCCUUUAAAUCUCCCUAAACGUUUUGACCGCUGGUAUUGGGACCCAGAAGAAGAACGCAAGCGUCAGGAAAGAUGGCAGAAAGAGCAGGAACGCUUGCUCCAGGAGAGAUACAGAAGGGAGCAAGAAAAACUCCGCCAGGAAUGGGAGAAAGCACAGAGAGAGGUUGAGGAAGAAGGACGUCGAUACCAUGAAGAGGAACGUAAAAUCAUUCAGGAAACGGUGACUCCACUGACUCCACGAUCACCACCAUUGUCCAUCAAUCUUCCCAAUGAAUGGAUCUCUCCAUCAAAAACUGAGGAAAACAGGAAUUCUGAGCACCCUGAGGGACCCCCUGUAGACUGGGAGAACAAGCAGGUCGAAUUGCAGAAACAAACAAAUAUGGUAGAAACAGAGAGUUGGCAGGCAGAAGACAAGGGACCGAUGCAGGCAGAAGAGGAGCAACAGAGGCAGAAGGGAGAGCAACAAGAGUCAACAUCGGAGCAAACAGAGACACUGGUCCUCAAAACGGAUGAGGACGGACAACGGGAAAACUGGGAUGAAGCUGAGAAGGACAAAUUGGAGAAAUGGCACUGGCAGACCAAACAAUUGGGAUUGGAAGAGCAAAAGUUGAACCUCCCAUCAGAAGUAGGCAUUUUCCAAAUGGACAAAGAGACUGUUAGUGAAAGUCAGAACCAGACAGCAUGGCAAAUACCCUCCUCGGCUCACCAGCAACUACCAACUGAAGCUGCAGGAUCCCCAGUAAUUGCAGGCAGAUCUUGGAAUACGCAGGAAUUUCCUUCAUUCCUCGAAGUUCAAAGAAAGCAACAACAGGGGGUUCAGGAUGUACCGAAGACUGGGUCUCUGGACAGAAGCUGGUCUCUUCAGUCCAAUAUGAUGGACAGAAAGAAAUGGUCCGGAUCUCAUGAAAGUUUACAGUCAGGCCAAUCUCUGCCUCUCCCACACUCAUCUCCUCCUCUUCAGCUCCAGUCACCCAGCAGGUCAGUCAGUGGGAAGAAGUUGUGCUCAACAUGUGGGCUUCCUCUUGGAAAAGGCGCAGCCAUGAUCAUCGAAACACUCAGUCUUUACUUCCAUAUUCAGUGUUUCACGUGUGGUAUCUGUCAAGGACAACUUGGAGAUGCAACCACUGGGACAGACGUCCGGAUCCGCAAUGGGCUUCUCAAUUGCAAUGAUUGCUACAUCAGGUCCCGAACUGCUGGACAACCCACCACUUUAUGACCUUGCCACGUACCAAUCAGCAACAGCAACUGGAAAUCGGGUAGAACACAGAUGGCCCCAAUGCUCAAUGUUGAUCCUUGUGACGACUGACAAUCGCGGAUAGAAACUGUCAUUCAUUGGCUUUCUCAUUAGAAUAACCAUCAUUUCCCAGAACAGCUUUUACCUGCAUUGUUACUUUGGUAGUCUACACCUUGGAUCAUUUUCAUACUUAGUGAAACUGCCAUUCUUUCAUGCAUAUAGUUACAAAAGUAGCAUACUAUAUUUGCUGUUGAAUAAAAGCUUCUAACUGGAUUCAACAUGUAUUUAAUUAAUAUUGUGUGAUAUGUAAUUUAUUUUAUUGCCUCCUCCAAUUAUAAAAAAAAGUGCAAUGAUUAUUGGAGUAACUGAAUAAAACAAGGGGCAGAAUCUUGUGCCCUCCCUUCUGGCGGGUUUGACCGUGGGGGCGGCAUUUAAUGGAGUGGGAGAGGGCACUCUCAGCACCUUCUGAUGCCCAAUAAGGCCCUUAAGUAUUAACCCAGCGGCGAGCAAGAGGCUCGCCAUGCAAGGAGCAUGACAAGCAAACCUAGCGUGUUUGCGUGUGGGCUCCUGAGGGAAGGGGAACCCUCAUUCAAAGGUACUCAGUGCCUGGUUGAGGGAUCUGCCUUUGGGAAGGGGUAACCUUGCUGAGAGCUACCCCCCUGCCUUUGCUGCUGACCUCCCCUCUCCCUGACACCCUUCCCACAACCCCCUUCCCAGCAUCACUGACCUGGGUCAUUCCUCGAUCCAAGGCCUCAUGUGAGUUUCGUACCUGCAACAGCCACCAUCUCCCAGGUAGGACUGCUGAGUACAGGAGAGUUGCUGGCCUCUGAUUAGCAGGGAGCUCUCAGCAGGUGGGACUUCCAACCCUGGGGCUCUUGAUCAUGGAGGAAGGUCGCUACUGGCCUGUUAAGUGCCUGAGUGGCAAAAGAUAUGGUGGGCCUUCCCAAUAGGAAGUGAUGUUGGGAUCUCGCUGGCUCUCCAGCCAGCAGCCGUGGCCUGCCCCCAUCCCUCCAAUGGCCUCCACAAGACUUGGCCCUAUGUUUAUCCUAUGUAGUGGAUAACAAAUGUCUUCUUCCUUUUCCUGGAACUAACUUGAGCCAUCUGUGUAACAUUGAGGAAAUGUAGAGAUCAUUCUAAAUGGAUAGAUUUACAUUCAUUCGGAUAUUCUAAGUUGCUAGGUACUGCAGGUGUUUUCUUCAUAAUGCAAGAACAUCACCUCAAGGUCUGGCAUGUGAAUAAAUGGAUUAUGGUCAAGGCAAUAACCAAGUUGUUUUUCGAUACUAGAUAACAGCAACAUGCAACUACACAAUUUAGUAAUGUAUCAGACAUUGCAUUUUUAAAUGAAAAUAGAAAGAAAAGCUAAAAUGCUUGUCUUCUAAGGAAAUAUGCAUGCCAGUCUGAGAUUUAUUUCACCAGUUUGCUGUGGUAGAAAAGGCACAAUUGGCCAUCAAAGCCUGCUCUCAAAGGUGUACUGGUAACGGCUGUUACAUUGCAUCAGGUUUCUCUCACCUGUUAUUUAGCUAAUUGAUCUAAGAUAUUAUAAAGAAUUUAGAUCGACAUUUUCUUCAUGUUAGUGAUUAAUGAGUAGACAGCUACCAGGCUGCAAUUCAUAUUCGGGAUCACAAAAAGAAGGAAUUGAUUCUUCCAUACUUUGAUCACGUUUUCUCGUAUAGUAUAGAGCCAAACCCUAACUUUCCUGCUGACCCAGUGUUUACUUUGUUCUAUGUGGAUUUUUUUUCUCCUGUAAAUCUGGCAGAGUUCCUGCAAACAAGAUGAACCAAGUAUUAAAAUAAUGAAAUUCCAAUUAAUAUGAAGCAAUACACCUGCAGGUCCUAAAAUGCUCACCCUUACUAUUUGAUUUGUAAAAAUGGCAUGUGCCACUAUUUUAGUUUCUGGAAACCUGGGACAUUUUGGAACUGGCCAGAAAACAAUGUGCAGCAGGUUUGAAGUUUCACAUUUUUGCCUCAAACUAAUCCCACUAAAAUGUGAGAUUUCCUGUACACUGCAAGUAAUUAAAGUAUCGUAACUCUAUUAAGGUAACAAAAAAGUAAAAUUAUUUUGGUGAUUAUUACACCGUUAUUAUAAAAUAUUCUACCUGCUACGAAGCAUUGAAACUAUGAAACCUUUUAAAUAGUCAACCUUGCAAAGCAGGAAAAGAAUUUGAUUACAUUCAGCAGUUUUAAAUUAUUUCUAAAUCUGUCUCAAGUCACUGCUGGAAUAUUCCGCAAGGCUGCUGAAGGUUUUUUUUUCUAAAUUACUGUGAAAUUGCAGAUAUGUUAGUGGAAGAAUCAGCUGCAGACUUGCAAUUUUUUUGCUUUUUUUUCCUGAAUUAUCAUUAUGCUUAACCACAGAAUUUCAAAAUGUUACUUUUCUUAGUUUGUAGAUAAAUUAGGAUAUCCAAACAAUUAAAACUAGCCUGAGAUAUGCCAUGAUCCCUUGCUUAGCAAACCAAUUAUAUCUCAAGCAGAUGCCUGCAAAGUGAUUCUACCAUGGAGAACUGAAAGCACCUAAUUAGCCAACUGCAUUGUAUCUGCCUUAAACAACAGCAAUACCAUGUCAACUCCUUACUCACUGAGGCUCUUGAUUUCCAUACAGUAGGAUAAAUGUUUAUGUGUAGUCCAUAAUCAUUUAACAACAGUGUUAAAGAGUACACACAUAAAUAAAUCUCUUCUUUGGCUCAGCAAUAAUUAUUUCUUAAAAUUACAUGUUUGACAUUUAUUUACUGAAAUAGAUAAAAACAUGUUUUGCAUGCUAGCCGACUCCUUAUGGCAAGGUAUUAUAAUAAUUAUUUGCUGUAUUUUUAUUUGUAACCAUUAUUGGAUCAGUCUGUUAGAAGAACGAUUUUAUUUCUUUCACAUUAAAACUGUGCCUUAGAAAAUGCAGGCUGUUGCACAGAGAUGGUCAAAAGUGUUGAGCAUCUGCAAUGAAUGUGAAGUAAUUGGUAUCUGGCUUAAUAAACAUCUCUGCCAGCUCUCAAAUGAGCCAGGUGCAAGGGAUACUGCAAAGGAGAUGAGUUAAACAUGAAGCUAAGGCCUAAUUGGUUUAUCUCAUGUGACUAGUUCAUAUUAAACUGAAGUUUCCUACUCUUCUGCAUGGUUUCAGCAAGGGCUGAUAUUUAUCUUGCAGUCUAUCUAUUGUGUAAAAUUACAUGUUUCAGCACCCAAAAGAUUUUUAAAGUGGACUUUUUACAUAUUCUUGUACUCCUUUUCUCCUCGGAAAUUAGCAGUUCAGAGGAACAGCAAACAUAUAUAGUAGCACAUUCUGUACCUGUUCCCUGAGCCCCAUUUGCAAUUCUGUUUAUCUUUAAAAAAAGUUGAAGUGGCGCCAACUUGAACCAGGGCCAAAGUCAUUAAACAGUUAAGUGGUAACAUUGAAAUUUCUUGGCCUGUGCAGUAAACUGCUCUAUUACAAUUUUUAUGUAAUAUAUCUUUAAACAUUAAUAUUCAAAACCAGUAAAUGCUCAUAUUUAAGACAGAAUAUGGGCUGGAAAAUACAGUUGGCAAUAUCAAGAAUCAAUGAAUUACAGGUCUAAAUGAUAUUCCUCUGCCUACUAUUUUAAAGCAGUUUUGUGGCACAGUUGGUAGUAUCCCUCCCUCUGAGCCAGAAGCUGUGGGUUCAAGUCCUACCUUAGGACGUGAUAGCCAAGGAAGGUGUGUUCAUAAUGUGACCAAACAGGUUGAUUAUCAACCUGCAAAUCCUCCCAAUACCAGCCAAUGGCAGGCAGUAAGUGUGGAGAGAUGCUUGGUCGGCCAUGUGACGGAAAGAAAGUUGGAGCCUCUACCAUCACUAUCCAUAGCACCAGACUACAACAUGCAUGUAAAUGUGCAUGUUGCCACAGCAAUUUGGACUGAGUGGACUGUAACUAUUUAUAGUUACACUAUUUAAAAGGAGCUGUUAACUCAUUUAAAAUAAGAAGGGGAAUGUCAUAAAAUACACUGUGUUCAUCCACAACACAAAUAAUAAGCUCUUAUCUAAAAUGUUAAUGUAGCUGUUCACACAAGUGAACUUCUGUUAAUCAUAACAGAGAUGAACACUUUGGGUUACCAAAUUGCAUAGCACCGAUAACAUGAAAACACAUCAUCAAUAACAAACUAGUCAAAUAAAAAAGAGUAAUUCUGUUUUUGGAAAUUACAUUUUGUUUUAAAAUGAUCCACUAUGUGUAUGGUUGACUUUACUGAUCUUGGGAAGUCCAUGUUUGGUUCAAAAAUCAAUAAUGCUUUAUCAAAGUACUUAUUGUUGUGCUUAGUCUUCUCACCUUGUUAGCAAGACUCGUCCAUCCAUACUUGCAUGAUUGGAUGCAGUAUCCUUACAGUAGCAUGCAAUGAAGCUCCACCACCAUCUAUUAACAUCUGUGUAGAGUUGUUAGAUCUGACUGUGUAUGUAGUUAACAACAUUUCUCUCAAACAUGCUUAACCAAAUAUGGACUUGGACCGGUGCUUUUUUUAAGUGAAUAAUUGUAGCUGGGGCUAAUAAACAAUUGAAAUUGUGUGGUAUAUGCUGCAGUUCAACCAUUGCGCUAUAUGUAUAGUGAUUUGCCUCUUGAAGAAAAAAGUACAAUGCGUUCAAAUACCACAACAGCUUUUAUAGUAAAUGUAUGUUGUUUAUAAAUAAAACAUUUAAAAAUA